UCGCUCCCGCUCCUAUAGUCCUACCCUCUAAUCAAAGUUCUCAUCCGCGUUGCUUCAAUCAAGAGAGCUGCUUACUUUACCUACACUGUGAACCAUGUAUUUAUUUGUUGUUCUCUUUUCUUGUUUAAUGUUUCAGAUAUGGAGAAGAUGCGAAUAUAUGACACCACAGAUGCUUCUGCCAAGUCUGACAACACCACUGCAAAUUAGCAAGUUUAAGAAUCAUUUGUUUUAUUGCACUCAUUCUUGGAGUAAGUUUCAUUUUGUUAAACUCCUUUCUAAUGAACAGUGAAAAUUAUGGAGAUUGGGAGGUCCAACGUGCACUCUAAAAAUGAAAAUGUAAGAUUAGAGAGGCAAUUAGUUAGAUUACUUUGAGAUUGAAUAAAAAGACUUUUGUCUUUUAGUUAAUUAGUUCUCGUUUAGCUUUUUCCAUAAUAUUUUGGAACAUGUGGGUUUUAAGAAUUGUGGAGUAUUUAAAUUGGGAUAAUUUGAUUACUUCUUUUUAUGUAGUUACAUUUUUUUAAUUCUUGUGUUGUCCUUUAAGAGUGAUUUUAUUCGAAUGAAAUAUAAGUUGGUCCAAUUGGAUGGUCCAGACCGAAUCGAGCCAUAUAUGGUUUGAUCUGGAUCGAAUCGAAGUAAUAACGAUUCGAUUUUGGUCCUUGCUUUAGAAGAAAUUUUGGUCCGAUUUGAGGAUAGUUUGGUCCGAUCUUGGACCGAAUCGAUCGAUGCCCACCCCUAGUCAUGAUAUAAUUAGUAUAUAAUAUGUCAUUAUGACUAUUUAAAACUCUCAUAUAUGUCUUUUUAUAGGAAUAAUUAUUUUCCUUAUUUGAUAAGAAGUAUAAUAUAUUAUGUUAUUAUCAGUAUUUAUGACUUGAUUUCCUUACUUAUCCUAUAUUAGUUUUCAUGCAAUCUUUAUAGGUAGAAUUAGGAUAUGUUAUGUCAUUAUGAUUAUUUAGAAUUCUCAUAUGUUUCUUUUUUUUAAUAUGAAUAAUUAAUUUCCUUCUUUGAGAUGAAUUAGGAUAUGGUAUGUCAUUAUGGUGGUUUAGGACUUGAUUUCAUUCCUUACUUGUCCUAUAUUAGUUCUCAUGUAAUAUUUAUUAAUUACUUCCCUUGUCAUAGUAUAAUAAUUAUGAUAUAGGUCAUUAUGACUAUUUAAAACUCUCAUAUGUUUCUUUUUUGAAUAUGAAUAAUUAGUUUCCUUAUUUGAGUAGAAUUAGAUAUGAUAUGUUAUUAUGACUGUUUAGGACUCGAUUUCUUUCCUUAAUUAUGCUAGAUUAGUUCUCAUGCAAUCUUUAUAAAUAGAUAACUAGAGUGAAUGGACGAGUCAUGGAUGAAGGAGGCAACCAUGCUUCAUUAGAAAUUUUCUAUUCGAGUUCAAGGUUGAACGUCCAACCAUUCUUCUUCUUAAGUUCAUCAUCUUCCUAGUUCAGAAGAGAUUUCGACGCAUUGAUCAAGUUUCUCAUACUUGCACUAUGGCUUCUUCAUCAUAACAAGGUUCUUAUACGUUUAUAGAUAAACGGUCAUUGUUUCCUCUCAUAUUUUUAUACUAAUUUUCGAAUAUUUGUUGUGUACUUUGAUUGUUGGAUAUAGGUGUCAUUCGUUCGUUAGAUUCAAAUAAGUUUCGAACUCUUAGUGUCUGAAGACACUUUCUCUAACAACCGAUCGUGGGUCAAAGAUUAGAACGCGUCAAUUUUGAGGUAAAUACAAUUUUGAACUCUUCAUGCCUUCUUUAUUGUUAGGUCGCGACCUUUGAUAUUUUCGUCUUUUUUACGUGCUACAUACUUCCCGUACUUUGAGUGUCGUUAAUGAUAACUUAAAUUAGCAAGAGAAAUGACAUUAUUAACUUGAGCCCUUCCAUUGUGCUCUAAAGUAUUGUUGUUUCGAGGUACAAAUUGAACUUAUACCUAGUAAUGACAAUUUCUGACCUGACGCUCGUGACCCAACCUGUUUAGGGAAGAUAUUAUCUAACUAGUUCUACUAGACCUGCCCCGACUUGUCUGGGGCGGGUAUUACCGAUUCGCAGUAGGCAAUAGCAUGGAGCAGGACAUGAAUAUUGCUUCGACCUAUCCCAUCCCAAGCCCACCCCGUUACGUACAUGUAUUCUCCUCUUUUGACCUUUCUAAAAUCAUAUUUUCAUCUCAAAGGAAUUUUAAGACUCUAAAAUCAUAUUUCUUCUACUAUAUUUCUCAUUCAAUUGUAAGGUGUUUUCUUUAUGUCUACAUGUGAAAGAUCGAAUAUCGAUGCUCUUUCUUUAUAAUACGUGGUUGUAUUAUAAAGGAAUUUGUAUCUUAUAUUAUGAUUCAGUUUGUAUAAUAACAUAAAUGUACAAAUUCAGUUUGUACCAUAAAGUAAUAUUUGCAAACUCAAUUUGAACUACAAGUUAAAUUUGUACUAUAGAAAAUAUUUAUACAAAAAUAUAGGUACAAAUUAAAUUUAGUAACAUUAAAUACCAGUUUUUUCUAUUAAAUAAAAACAACCAUUCUAAAUCAUUCUAAAAUCUAAAGCAAAAUUCCUCAAUUAACUUACCACCUUCCAACCAAACGUCGCGUCGCUUUUCCUAAUACACUAUUUUAUUAUUUCUCCGUCCAUUUCGGUUCAGUGCCAACGCAACAGCAACUCCGGCCGGUGGACUUGCUCUCUCUGGUACGCCUUGGAUUUGGAAUAUUCAAUUCGCCGUUUUCUGUUUCCUGUUCUUGAAUAUCUGCUCUCUUUUUUUUUGUGCGUAUUCAUUUGUUUGGUAACUUUUCUGUGGGUGUUGAGCAUCUGUUUCUUUUGGUCACUUUACGAGUCCUUAGUUGGAUUGCGGAAUUUGAAUUUCGGUUUCGCAGUCUCUUCAGCUUUCCCUGUAAUUUUGUUUCCUCGAUUACCUGUAGAAAUGUCCUGAGUGUACAAUUCGUUUACUGGGAAACGUCCGGCAAUUCGAGAUAUGUCUUCUUGUUUGUUUGUUUGUGUGCUUGCUUUGUUUUUUUGUUGAACGUGGAUGGAUGAGUUUGCCAAUCUGAUGGAAACCUUCUUGAGGCCUCUGGUAGGGCUGUAAGCCCGAAUUGCCUGCUUUCUCAUUGGUUUUCUGGGUAUUAAUGGGGCUGGGAUAGUCUUGGACGUAUCAUUGAAUGAAUGUAUCAAUAACUUUUCGUGGUUCGGCGUGUUUUGAAGGAAGAUAUGCAUAGUAAAUCCCACAAGUCUUAGACUCUUGGGGUUGAACAUGGAUUUGGAGAUGGAUUAGGGUUUCCUUUUUGGAGAUGGAUUAGGGUAAAUUUUUUUGGUACUUUAAGUUGGACAGAUCUUGAGAAAUUGAAUUGUUAUCAUGUAACGACAGGCGAAAAUUAAACGCACAUGGUGCUCCAACGUUCAGUUGAAGGACCUGUAUCUUGCUCCCUGAAUCGUAAAAAUGACGAUGUAGCAUGGGAAUGGAUCCCUGAGAGCGAAUCGUGGAAGCCUUGUUCACAACCCGAAGACGGUCCUGAAGAUGAUAAUGCAGAUCCUUCAUCCCAUUGCAGUUCCUUUUUGUUUUCCGGAUCAAAUGUCCAGUACAAGCGGAGAAGAAUUCGAAGGAACUCAUUAAUUCUUUUUACUGAAGCUGCGUGUGAGGACGAGGUUGAGCUCGAUAGUGAUUCUCAGCAGGAAAAGAGUGCUAGUGGUUCUAGUAGUAAGAGGGUUCAAGGUUCAGUAAUAGGUGCUGAAAUAGGCAAGGAUGAUCUUCGGCUUCUUGGUGAAUCUGGUGGCCCUGAACUGCGGUCAAGAGAAUGUGAUAGAGAGCAUAUUUCGUGUGGCACUUCUUUGACAAGAACUACCAGUGAUGUGAAGUGCUGGAUUUCUGACCCAGAGGAGUCAGAACAAGAUCUCCAGAUUAAAGAAAUCUGCAUUUCUGUUCUUAAGAAUCAUGGAAUUCCUCUCGGAAAUGGUCCCAAAAGCAAGCCUGCUUUUGAUCCUGCAAGUGAAAACACAUAUCAGUCAUGCGAGGCAUGUGGCGUGUUGGAGAGUAUUGUGAAUAUGAUAAUAUGUGAUGAUUGUGAGGAGGCAUUUCACUUGUCUUGCAGUGGUACUAACCGAAAGACAUUGGAGGACGCUGACGAAUGGUAUUGUAAAUCUUGCUUGAAAUUGAAAGGCAAAGAUGCAAAAGGACCUCUUCAUGUUAAAUCACGAGGCAUGAAAGGUUGGAGUUUGGGUCCUAACCAGAAAUUAGGUCGAAUAGCACGUAUGUUAAAGUAUCCUGAUUCACAUGUGUCCCUGGUGAGGAUUGGUGACCCCUUUCAGGCAACAGUGCCUGAAUGGCGUGGUAAAAAUACCGAGGGUUUUGACUGCAUUGGCGAACCAAUUGAAAUGGAUCCACUUGAGACUCUGGGCUUACAAGGGUGUGCUAAAGAUAAUAUCUUAAAACCCAGCUCCAUGAGCAACUGGCUGCAAUGUCGAGAGGUCCUUGAUGAUCAACCCAAAGAACGGGGCUACAAAAGACUUUGUGGGAAGUGGCGCAGGGCACCACUCUCUGCAGUCCAAAGUGAUGAUUGGGAAUGUUCUUGUGCUCUUCCUUGGGAUCCAUUUCAUGCAGAUUGCAAUGUACCACAGGAGUUGGAAACCGAGAAAGUACUAGUGCAACUGAAAUACAUUGAGCAGUUGAAAUGUCGUCUUGCUGCUAAGAAGAGAAAAUGAACUCCAACUGGAAAAAUAAAAAUAAAAACAUUUCAAAUUGCUGCAUGGAGUUUCUCAGUUCAAUGGAACGCUAUAUACAGGCUUGCUAAGUUUGGCAUCACGAAUCAAGACCGCUACGAUUC